AUUUUAUUAUUUCUGUUUCAUUUCAUUUCUAUUUUUUCAGUUUAAUUUUCAUUCCUACCGAAACUGAAAAUUUACCCCAAAAAAUAAAAAAAAGGAUAAUUUUCUUUUUAGUUUUUCUGCUGUAAAUGGUGAAAGAUUCGAUCUGAGGUUGCAGUUGAGUGAGAGUCGAGAGUUUCUUUGUUUGAUUAUUUUAUAUAUUUAUCAGCCAAAUAAUUGUCAUCGCCAUCGUUUGUGUGGAGGAAGAGGAAAUUGUGGGUGAGCCGAAGGGCAGUGGGAGGCGGAACUGGAGAAAUCGGCGGUGUUUUGAGGUGGGGGUGGGGAUUAUGGGGUUGGGUUUGUGUAACGUGUUUUUGGGAGGGCUUAGCAGGAUCAGAUUCAGUUCCGAUGAGAGUGCUGCGCUCCAGAGUGGGAGUGAAACCCUAGGUUAAAACCACUCCUACAAAACUUUCAGGCCUUUAGGAAGUGUGGCUUUAUUAUCUGCUGGACUUCUUCCUUACUUUGUACAGAAUUUGGUUGCUUUGGACUGCUUUUGUUAUUUUAAAGUCGUAUCAUGUUGUUCUGUAGUUUUGCUUAAGAUACUCAUCUGUUCAGUAGCCCCUAGUCUUGUUGACUGUUGCUCAUUCAAAUAGUUCACGCUUAGGAUACUUUGAAAAAAAAAGAAAAAAAAGAGACACGCAAUACCUGCUUUAUAAAUUUAAGAAUUUCUGCUAUUAUUUGGAUCUUUGGGUUUGAGCAAUUCUGCAUGCAAGGAAAAGUUUACGCUAAGCAUAUCAUCUUGAUGAAGUCAGAGGAUUUCUGUGUUUUUCGGUGCUAAAAAAGGGGAAAAUGCUACCAAAUUGGAAGAAGCCCCACAUCAAAUUGACUCACACAUUUUUCAUAGACAUCUUGUUCAUGUUCAUCAGAGCAUUUAGAGGUGAGGAGGGUUGUAAUGGUAUGUUAUAAGGAUAAGCCAUGGAUCAUUUUUCAGAAAAACGAUAUCCUGUCAAUGCAAAGGAUUAUAAGUUAUAUGAAGAAGUUGGAGAAGGUGUUAGUGCCACAGUGCACAGAGCUUUAUGCAUUCCACUUAAUGAGAUAAUUGCAAUCAAGGUUCUUGAUCUGGAAAAGUGCAAUAUUGACCUUGAUGGGAUUCGCAGAGAGGUACAAACCAUGACCUUGAUUGAUCACCCUAAUGUAUUGCGGGCACACUGCUCUUUUCCUGCCGGUCAGAGUCUUUGGGUUGUGAUGCCAUACAUGGCUGGUGGAUCCUGCCUACAUAUAAUGAAAUCUGCUCAUUCAGAUGGUUUUGACGAGCCUGUCAUUGCUACAUUAUUGCGUGAGGUUCUAAAAGCUCUUGUUUAUCUUCAUGCCCAGGGACACAUCCAUAGGGAUGUUAAGGCUGGGAAUAUACUAAUUGAUUCUAAUGGUGCUGUCAAGUUGGCAGACUUUGGAGUGUCAGCAUGCAUGUUUGAUACUGGAGACAGGCAACGUUCUAGAAAUACUUUUGUUGGAACUCCUUGCUGGAUGGCUCCUGAAGUUAUGCAGCAAUUGCAUGGCUAUGACUUUAAAGCAGAUAUUUGGUCAUUUGGAAUAACAGCAUUGGAACUUGCUCAUGGUCAUGCCCCUUUUUCCAAGUAUCCUCCCAUGAAGGUAUUAUUAAUGACCUUGCAAAAUGCACCUCCUGGUCUUGACUAUGAAAGAGACAAGAAGUUCUCAAAGUCUUUUAAGGAAAUGGUAGCAACUUGCUUGGUGAAGGAUCCAAAGAAACGUCCAACUUCAGAAAAGCUUUUGAAGCACCAUUUCUUUAAGCAAGCACGCUCAAGUGAUUAUCUAGCUCGUACAAUUCUUGAUGGCCUUGGUCCAUUAGGUGAACGUUUUAGGAUGCUGAAGGCUAAAGAGGCUGAUCUCCUAGUCCAGAAUAAGGGUCUAUAUGGGGACAAGGAACACUUAUCACAGCAAGAGUAUAUAAGAGGAAUCAGUGCCUGGAAUUUCAACCUAGAGGAUUUGAAAAGUCAGGCUGCACUUAUUCAGGAUGAUAAUGGUGUGACAAAUGCACAAGAUCAAAAUGUGAGUUGGAAGCAAAGGGACCAGCAUGAUGAAGUUAGAUUAUCUGCGGAGGGGUACCCUAGGUCUAAUAACUCUAUUGCUGCACCUAGACAGGAGGAUGAGCUUAGUGAUCUUCAUGAUUUGGAGAGUUCCCUUGCUUCAUUCCCGAUUAAACCUCUUCAGGCUCUCAAGGGUUGUUUUGACACUGGUGAAGAUGAUGAGUCUGCAGUUAGUCCAACUGGGAAAAGUGCCCGUUCAGAUUCUGAACUGCAGCUUGUUGCAAAGCCAUCAGCAGUGGACCAAGAUACUGGAAAAUAUGGAAGUGAGAAUUUCAGGCAAACCAGCUCAAUCUCACGCCAGGCUAUUCCUGAGCAAAAAAGGUUUUUGAGUGGUUCAAUAAUACCAGAUAGUGCAUUUUCUUCUAAAAAGGGUGCUGGUGAUGGGGAUAGGGAUGUUCUGCUAUCAAAAUAUCAAUCUGAACGUAACUAUAGUGGUCCAUUGUCAUUUCGACAGAGGAGAGAAACAAAUAACAUUUCAUCUGGGGAUGAUACGUUAGAAGGGUCAGUUGUCCAACGUAAAGGACGGUUUAAAGUCACAUCAGCAGAUCUCAGUCCCAAGGGACCUUCAAACUGCAUCUUUAACCCAGCAAAUGGAGGUUCAGCCAGCCACACAUCCCCAAACUUAACGGCAGCUGCCAUUCUCCCAUCUCUGCAAUGCAUUUUGCAGCAGAAUGCUGUGCAAAGGGAAGAAAUUAUCCGACUGAUCAAGUUCGUGGAGCAAACUUCUGGGAAGCCUGGGGAGGCUUCUGACAUAACAAACAAUGAGCUAUUGCAGUUACCUCCUGCUUCUGCAAGGGAGAGAGAGCUACAAUCCCAGGUGAUUCAGCUUCAACAGAGUAUUGUAGGCAUUGUGGAAGAAUUGCAGAAACAGAAGAUGAAAAAUGCCCAGUUGGAAAAACAAUUAAAUGCUUUGCCCAACAACGAGUAGAGUUGGAACAACAAAACAAACGGAGUGUGGUCGCCAUACCUUUCUCCAGUGAGAGGCUUCAUGAAGUUCUACAGCUGCUGCAAUAUAGGGGUGUAUUCGAUUGUAUUUCUGGUGUACCAUAUUUAUAGAUGCGUGUUAAGUCCAGACGCCAAAAUUUUGAGAUGCCAUUCCUUGAAUCAGUCUCACAUCAUGUUGUAAUUUAUUGACAGGAUAUUGUAAUAUAUUACAAGUUUUUUCAUGUUACUCUGUUUAUCUGCUAUACAUGGAUCAAAUUUUGCAACCAGUUAGAGGAGGAAAUCAAAAUGUUAAUUAUAG